ACAACAUUCAAUGCUGGCGGAACAGCAAGCAACACCGUACACACUCACCGCCACCACUCACUCCGCCCUCACUACCCUCUCCUCCCCUUGACCUUCUUCUUCUCACUUUGACCGCUGAGGCGGCUGCAGCACUUUCCGCGUCGCCGCGGCGCCCAAACCCCGAACACCUCUUUCCGAACACGAGCGAACAACUCAGCCAACAUGUCGUGGAGCGGCUUCAAGAAGAAUGUCUCGCGUGGGACUACCACUUUGAUGAUGAAGACGGGCCACGUCGAGCGCACGACCGACCGCGAGUUUGAAGUCGAAGAGCGCCGGUAUCGUACACUCGAAUCCGCUUCUUUGCGCCUGCAAAAGGAAGCCAAAGGCUACCUUGACAGCUUGCGCGCCAUGACUGCUAGCCAGAUGCGAAUCGCCGAAACCAUCGACGCUUUUUACGGAGACAGCGGCGCCACGGACGGCGUAAGCAGGAGUUACAAGCAGGCGGUUGAAGAUCUCGACGCCGAGACUGUCAAAGCGCUUGAUGGGCCUUACAGAACUACCGUGCUGGAGCCCAUCAAUCGCUUUUGCGCAUACUUCCCCGACAUCAACGAAUGCAUCAAGAAGCGAAACCACAAAAUGCUCGACUACGAUGCCAUGCGCAGCAAAGUCAAGAAGCUGGUGGAGAAACCUGACAAAGAUCCCUCCAAGCUUCCACGCACGGAGAAGGAAACUGAAAUGGCGAAAGCGGCGUACGAACAGCUGAACCAACAGUUGACCGACGAGUUACCGCAAUUGAUAGACCUUCGCGUACCUUACCUCGAUCCGUCUUUCGAAGCUCUGGUCAAGAUUCAGCUACGAUUCUGUGCCGAGGCCUACAGUCGCAUGGCACAAGUUCAACAGUACCUCGACGCUUCAACACGCGACCAGUAUGCAAGUGGAGAUCUCGAUGCUCGUGUGGAAGAUGUGCUAGGGCAGAUACGCGAGCUCAGCAUUGCAGGCACGGUUUAGUCGGAGUCUUUCAAGGCAGCGAAUGUCGUCAGUUCAGACGAAUAGAUGCACCGAGGAGGUAAUGACACGUAUGAGUAUUGCAUGAUAGCAUGGAGACGCGCGGUGUCUGCGACCUACAAAACCGCGGCC